AUAAUGAUAAUAAUAAUAAUAAUAGAUAUUUUCUCGAUGAUUGAAUACGAAGGAUGCAACAAUGCGUUCAUGAGCCCCACAGUGUUCCAGGAACUCAGCGGGAGGAAUACAUACAGGAAAAAAGCAGAGCUACAUGUCUCGUACACAACAAGGAAAUUAACACUUUAAUCCUACUAUAUCACUGUAUGGGAGUGGGUAAGGUAGUCUCCUCGCUGGACUUAUAAGAAAGGAGAUUCCCUCGAGGUGGCCUGCGUCAGGAUGAACGGAAGGCGGAAGAGGGUCCUCCGCACAGCCAGACUAGUAGUCUUGGUGUUGAUCGCUACUCUGCUGGCGGCGAUGGUAGCUGUGUCUGAUCGUCCGUCUCCUAACGGAAGCACCAUUGGGGCGGAUGUGGGCGCCCCAGCGGUGGUGCUAUGGACGAUGAUGCGUUCAGGCUCGCAGAUGUCACAGAGCUUGCUCACAGCCCAGCCUUGUUCCUUCCUGACGGAGGAGCCGCUGCGCCAUCUAGAAAAGCAGGACCUCAACGCUUCCGUCAGCCUGCUGCAAGACCUGUUUGCUUGCCGGGUGUCGGCACACCCAGACUACCUGAAGGAAUGGAUGAACGGAUCGCACAUAAACGACGCACGUGUCAAGAAUCUGUGCCAGGCCUUCCCCAGGCUGUGCUGGGACGGGAGGCUUGUCGAUGCCUUGUGCAAGGCGUCCUGUCUCAAGCUGGUGCGGGUGGUGGCCGAGGGACUUGCCCUGGCCUUGAGUGUCCUGCAAGACAGCUCCUUCAACACACACAUCGUUCACUUGGUGCGAGACCCACGAGGCAUGCUCUCUUCCAGGCGAGACCUUCAGGAGGGAAGGUUCAACAGAUUUUUCAUGAUGUCUAAUGCAACAUUCUUUCGUAAUGACGAGAUGGAAUUGAGUGUUCUAUGCCAACGCUACAGACACGACCUGGCAGUGGCGACACACAUGGCCCGCCACUACUGUGACAGGUACACGCUGGUGCGGUAUGAGGACAUCGCGCGCCAGCCCCACAGGGAGACACGCCGCCUCUACUCCUUCAUGGGCCUGGAGUACACGCCCCUCGUGGCCUCGGUGGUCAGCAAACAGACCCUGGGCUUCUACCACACGGAAGGGAAAGACCAUCCCUUCGCCACCUCCAAAAACUCUAGCAGCAUCGUGUUCGCGUGGCGGAGCCGCCUCUCCUACAGCGAGGUGGAGAGAGUCCAGCAGGAGUGUGGGGACGUGCUGCGUGCCUACGGCUACAGACACUUCACGCGCCGCCAGUACGAGAAGGAGGUAGCCUCGCCCCUGCUGCCUCUUCCGGCGGGCUGGGCCAACCCCAUCCCUGCCAACAGAGAAGACACCUGACAAACAUAGAGGAAAAGACUGAUUUGAGUGUGCAAGUGCUUUGCUGAAGGUACAAAGUUUGUGCUGUGGCAAGGCAACACGGCCUCCCUCGCACUCAGCACUGGUGCAGGCGGCCGCUGUGUUAAACCGAGAGGACAUUAUAUAUCUUUGAUCUCACAACCAAACGUACAAUUAUGAAGGACAAAAAUAAAACAAUAUUGAAUUCUCUACGGAAAUGGCUACUUCAUAAUUCGUAUAUAGUACAGUACAAUGAGUGGUAGUAUCAAAGUUUGCAGAUGAUACUAAGAUAGCAUGUGCAGUACAGGGUGAAAAGGACAAUUACAGAAUACAACGAGACCUGGACAGGCUGAUAGCAUGGGCAGACAGGUGGCA